AUGAUCUACGUAUACAAGCGAGACGGCCGCAAGGAGGUGGUCAAAUUCGACAAGGUCACAGCGAGAAUCUCAAAGCUUUGCUACGGCCUCGACCAGAACUAUGUCGACCCCAUCGAGAUCACCCGAAAGGUCAUUGAAGGCAUCUACGAGGGUGUCACCACCGUCGAGCUCGACAACCUCGCUGCGGAGACCGCCGCCUACAAGACCACCACCCAUCCAGACUACGCUGUGCUUGCCGCGCGUAUCGCCAUCAGCAAUUUGCACAAGGAAACCAGCAAGAACUUCAGUCAGGUUGUUCAGGCGCUCUACGAGUACGUCAACCCCAAGAAUGGCCGACACAGCCCCAUGAUCUCUGAUGCCACCUACAAGGUCGUCAUGGAGCACAAGGACCAGCUCGACUCGGCCAUCAUCUACGAACGUGACUUCCACUACAACUUUUUCGGCUUCAAGACGCUCGAGCGUUCCUAUUUGCUCCGCAUCAACGGCAAGGUCGCAGAGCGUCCCCAGCACAUGCUCAUGCGAGUCGCUGUCGGCAUCCACGGCCAGGACAUCGAGAGCGCCAUCGAGACGUACAACCUUAUGUCGCAAAAGUACUUUACCCACGCCUCGCCUACGCUCUUCAACGCCGGUACCCCGCACCCGCAGCUCUCGUCGUGCUUCCUUGUUACCAUGAAGGAUGACUCGAUCGACGGCAUCUACGAUACCCUCAAGACUUGUGCCAUGAUCUCCAAGACGGCCGGUGGCAUCGGCCUCAACAUCCAUUGCAUCCGUGGCACCGGCUCGUACAUUGCCGGCACCAACGGUGUCAGCAACGGCAUUGUGCCCAUGCUCCGCGUCUUCAACAACACUGCGCGCUACGUCGACCAGGGUGGCAACAAGCGUCCCGGUGCCUUUGCUAUUUACAUUGAACCAUGGCACUCGGACGUCUUUGAGUUCCUCGACCUGCGCAAGAACCACGGAAAGGAGGAGGUGCGUGCGCGUGAGCUCUUCUAUGCACUCUGGGUGCCUGAUCUCUUCAUGAAGAGGGUCGAGCAGAACGGCGACUGGUCGCUCAUGUGCCCCAACGAGUGCCCUGGUCUGGCCGACUGCUACGGUGACGAGUUUGAGCGCCUCUACGAGCGCUACGAGGCCGAGGGUCGCUCGAAGCGCACCGUCAAAGCGCAGAAGCUCUGGUACGCCAUCCUCGAGUCACAGACCGAGACGGGCAACCCUUUCAUCCUGUACAAGGACGCCGCCAACCGCAAGAGCAACCAGAAGAACCUCGGCACGAUCAAGUGCUCCAACUUGUGUACCGAGAUCAUCGAGUACAGCGCUCCCGACGAGGUGGCAGUGUGCAACCUCGCCUCGAUCGCACUGCCCACGUUCAUUGACCCAGUGACCAAGACGUACGACUUUAAGCGUCUGCACAGCGUUGCCAAGGCCAUCUGCAAGAACCUGAACAAGAUCAUCGACAUUAACUACUAUCCGGUCGAGGAGGCGCGCAAGUCCAACAUGCGUCACCGUCCGAUCGGGAUCGGUGUUCAGGGCCUUGCGGAUGCGUUCAUGAUCAUGGGGUAUGCGUUUGAGUCGGCCGAGGCUCGGCGACUGAACGUGCAGAUCUUUGAGACCAUCUACCACGCCGCACUGGAGCGAUCGUGCGAGCUGGCUGAGCAGCACGGCAGCUACGAGACGUACGCCGGCUCGCCCGCUUCGCAGGGUGAGUUGCAGUACGACAUGUGGGGGGUCACGCCGUCGGACCUGUGGGACUGGGCGGAGCUCAAGGCCAAGAUCGCCAAGCACGGGCUUCGCAACUCGCUGCUGCUGGCACCGAUGCCGACCGCUUCGACGAGUCAGAUCCUGGGCUUUAACGAGUGCUUCGAGCCUUAUACGUCCAACAUCUACUCUCGGCGUGUGCUCGCGGGUGAGUUCCAGGUGGUGAACCCGUGGUUGUUGCGCGAGCUGGUGGAGCAGGGCCUGUGGAACGACACGAUGAAGAACCGUAUCAUCGCGCACGGCGGAUCGAUCCAGAACGUGCCAGGCAUUCCUGACCGCAUCAAGAAGCUGUACAAGACGGUCUGGGAGAUCAGCCAGAAGGCGAUCAUCGACAUGGCUGCGGACCGAGGAGCGUUUAUCUGCCAGUCGCAGUCGCUCAACAUUCACCUUUCGGCACCGACGUUUGGACAGCUCACCUCGAUGCACUUUUACGGCUGGAAAAAGGGACUCAAGACGGGUACGUACUAUCUGCGAACCAAGCCGGCGUCGAACGCGAUCCAAUUUACGCUCUCGGUGGCCGAGGUCAACGAGGCCAAGGCGGCUGGCAAGCGCAAUGGCGGCGCGGUCGAGCUCAAGCAGGAUGCGGUCGCUGCCGACGACGUCGCGGCGGCUCCGGCGCUAGCCAAGCUCACGCACGGCGUCGGCAAGCUGGGCAUCGACAACAGCAUCACCACCGACGGACCGCGCACACGUAAUGCAGACGCACUCAACGCGGUCGUCCCCAACCUGGCUGACGCCGAGACGCCCAAGACGGCGCACGCUGACGCUGACGCCGAUGCCGCCGACGCCGACGCGCUCGACCCCGGCUUUGCAGCAGCACUCGAGAGGCAGAAACUCAGACAGCUCGAGGCUGACCAACUCGCCUGUUCGCUCGAAAACCCCGGUGCGUGCCUCAUGUGUUCUGGCUAA